AUGGAUUCUUAUUUACCCCCACCGGCAUACAGUGAGACCUACGAGUCACCACGGCCUCGCGAUGGCACGCAGGCCUCCCAAAUUAGGCGUAAGCCUUUGACACCUAGGUUGGAGACGGCAACGUCUUCGGAAAGCGAUAUCUUUACUUCGACGAAGCAUGGUUAUGAUAUACAGGGAAACCGGAAGACAGAUGAACAUGGUUCUAUCAAUUAUGCUCCAGCUUCACUAUCACAAUCGCAGGCAGAUUCUCUCAAAAUCGCGAAUUUCAAAACUCUCCAAAUUACCCAAACGAGCACGAACAUCCAAAGAACAAUUUCCUCCUCAGCAACACCCGUAGAUUUACCACCCACCAAAAGUCCCUCCAUAAUUACAACCAAAACAUCCUCAGACACAUCAUCCACCGCAAUCAGCUCAUCCUACAUCACCAGCGCAUAUCGCGAAGCACGACACUUCGCCGGGGGGCUCAUAACCCACCCAUCCGAAAGCACAAAACACUAUUCUAUUCUGCGACAUUCACACGGCUUAGUAUUUUAUCAAGGAUCUUCAACAACUCUUGCCAUCUCAAUCUUUUCCGAUGCGCCUUUACCAGCAGGUCGACAGGUAUGGUUACAAAACAAGGGAUGGAGUGGAAAUACUGGGAUGCGCUUGAAGGCUUUUGUAGGGAGUAAUAGCAAUUGGUUGAACGUCACGCCGAAGAUGUGUAUUUCCACAGAGCAAAUUAAAGAAAGUGAUGAGAGAGCCUGGCAACGCGAUAUCAAGAACUUCUUAAAGAAGACCAAAUAUCCAAACCACAUAUUGCGGGAAACCCUAAUCAUCCGCAUCCCAGUCGAAGCAAGCGAUGGCUAUUUCCACCUAGUACUGUGUUCCGACGAACAGAAAAAAGUCCUCUGUCCCAGUCCCGUAUUUCGCAUUAUUUCUGCAUCGACAAGUCCUUCUUCGAUAAGAGGUGCUAGUCUAAGUACUUUACCCUUGGAACUUGGUGCUAUGGCCAUGAGCACUUAUGCCAAUAAAACCAUUGGAAGAAUGAUAACACCCGUUACAAAUGCUGCUGAAAAAAUCGCUCAUCCAUUUAUGCCAUCGCCAGCGAGGAAGGAAGCAGCAAGGACACUUUAUGCAAAAAGUGGAAUGAUGGGUGAUAUGAUUAAAUCCAGCAUUGCGGAUGGAAAUAUCCGAUAUCACGAAAUGCGAAAUUUCUCGUACUAUCAAGCUAGAAAUGGAGAUAAUGAGACCGGUCCUAAACCUCCUUACCCUAUUUCUUUCACCGCACGAGCGGAGAUGCAAAUUCGAGAAACAGGAGGAAAAGAAGAAGAUGAUGAAUUCACCAUGCCCGCUAUGAAAUUAUCAGGUAUAGCAUUCCAUAUUUCCCAUCAACUCCACGGGCACUAUUUCGCAUGGACACGACAACAUGCUAUGAGAGGACACGAAAAUACCCAUGUGAAUACAUGGUCUCAGAGCGUCAUCUCAUCAUUACCAAUGCAAGCGUCGGAUUUGCAGAAAGCUACAAUCACAGAAGCUAGUAAACGGAUCUUUAAAAUUCAUUUUAUAUCUGAGUUUUUCGAGGCUCGGACUUACGAUGCGAAAUUAGUUGAUGUUAGGAUUAUGGGGUUUUUACGUCCGGAUUAUGAUACUGCUCAUCUUUAUAAUCAUUCUCAUUCUCAUUAUCAUUCUGGAAAUGAUACUGAUACUGAUACAAUAAGAGAAGAAGAAUUAAUAGCAUCAAUAAACGAUAUUCUAUACACGCGACAAAUUCUUGAAAAUCCGAUUUUUGCACCUGAGGUACAGGAUGCAAGGAGUUGGGAUGGGGAUGUGAGAGGGAGGGUUGUGGAGGGAUAUGCGGAGUGA